AUGAUGGAGGACUCGAAUCGCCUCUUCCGCUUCCCCAAGCCCGCGUGGAUGAACAGCGCCAACACGCGGACUGCCGGCGUCUACAUCGCGGGAGCCUUGUUCGCCAUGGGCUUCUACACCCUCAUCGACAUCUCGGUCUGGUCCAAGUCGGCCAUGAACGGCUCCGAACCAACCGUCCACAUCACCUUCGUCGACUGGAUCCCCGGCAUCUGCAGCGCCCUCGGCAUGCUCGUCAUCAACAGCAUCGACAAGUCGCGUCUGUCUGCCGACAGCUUCUCGUACUCUGGGAACGGCGUCGCGUGGAAGGCGAGGCUGGUGUUGUUCUUGGGCUUUGCCCUGUUGGCUGGUGGGCUUGCGGGCAGUGUUGUGGUUAUGGUUAUGAAGUUUAUUGUUGUUGGACAUACUUGGCCGACGCUGUGGCUGGGCGUUGGAAACGUCGUUGCUAAUGCGCUUCUUAUGCUGAGUUCCGCUGUGCUCUGGAUUGCGCAGAACAUGGAAGACGAGUACACCUACAACCUGGCGUUGUAG